UGAAUAAGUUCUACGACGCCGAUAGCAAUAGCAUUCUGGUCAGCAGACGGGAUGCGACUUCAACCAAGCCGCCGCAUGCACUUCAUUUCUCACUUGACAAAUCCCUUUUGAACUCCGGGACCUUUCAUAGUCAUCUACAGAAACGUGAAGCAUACGAAACUCUUAACUACCAACUAUCAAUUCCCACCUCUUUGGCUGCAGAAUUUCAAGAAUCGACCCAAUCCAAAAGACCCAGAAAUCCCACUCUUUGAAAAAGGAACCCUAACCCCAAUUCCCAAUGGCAGGCAAGGAGCCAGAGAUAAUAACAGACAAAAACCAGAUGAGGAAAUGGUCAAGGGCCAUGAGGUCUCAAGGCAAGACCAUUGGCUUGGUACCAACCAUGGGGUACCUCCAUGAGGGCCACAUAUCACUCAUCAAAGAAGCCCACAAGCACACCAACCUCAUAGUCGUGUCAAUCUAUGUGAACCCAGGUCAGUUCUCUCCCACUGAGGACCUUUCCACAUACCCAUCUGACUUUCAUGGUGAUAUCCAAAAGCUCAUGGCUGUUCCCGGUGGUGUUGAUGCUGUUUUCCACCCCUACAAUCUUUAUGACUAUGCAAAAAGUAAACCCACUGGUGUAAACAAUAAUAGUAGUAAUUGUGAGAAUUCUGGUGGUGGUGAGCCAGAGAGGAAAGGGGUGGUGUCCUGUGUGGAGGAGAGGGGGUUGGGGCAUGAAACAUGGGUAAGGGUUGAGAGAUUGGAAAAGGGUAUGUGUGGAAACAGCAGGCCUGUGUUCUUUAGAGGGGUUGCCACUAUUGUCACUAAGUUGUUUAAUAUAGUGGAGCCUGAUGUUGCCAUGUUCGGGAAGAAGGAUUAUCAGCAGUGGCGAAUUAUUCAGCGGAUGGUUCGAGAUCUUGAUUUUUCCAUAGAAGUGGUAGGUUCUGAUAUAGUACGUGAUAAUGAUGGCCUCGCAAUGAGUUCACGCAAUGUGCACCUAUCACCUGAAGAGAGGGAAAAGGUUGGGACAGAACUUGGAUUUCAUGGAGGCUUUCUUUCAGGCUUUUAUGUGGAGUCUAGGAACAUUGGUGCGCUUCACAUGAAACCUUCUGUUUGCGGAUGAUACAUUGAUAUUUUGCAGGGUAAAUCCAGACCACCUAGGCUAUCUAUGUAACUUAUUCUUAAACUUUAAAGUUGUAUCCGGUUUGAAAAUUAAUCUGUCCAAGUUAGAAUUUGUUCUUGUGGGUAAUGUCAAUAAUGUUAAUGGGCUAGCCAAUGUUCUAGGCUGCGGGGUUUCGUCUUUGUCUUUCGUUGGGAGCUUUUUAAAGCCAAGUCUAGUUUGGAUUGUGUUAUUGAGAAGAUCGAGCGCCAUUUAAUUGGCUGGAAAAUGAUGUACUUGUCUAAGGGUGGAAGGAUUACCUUGAUCAAGAGCACUUUAUCCAAUUUGCGUAAGUAUUUCAUGUUUCUUUUUCCCCUUCCUACUGAUGUUACCAAUCGCAUAGAGAAGUUACAUUGGGACUUUUUAUGGGGUGGGCUAGGUGAAGAGUUCAAAUUUCAUCACCCAGUUAGGUGGCCCAAGGUUUGUUUUCCGACUUAUGAGAGAGGGUUGGGGUUCUAAAACUUCUUGUUGUUCAACCAUGCUCUUUUGGAAAAGUGACAUAGAGAGAGGCCUUGUGGAGAGUCGAAGUGGAUUCUAAAUAUGGCAGCACAUGGGGUGGGUGGUGUUCAACUGAGGUGCAUGGGUCAUAUGGAGUGGGGUUAUGGAAAAGUAUCAAGAGAGGUUGGAGGAGUUUUCUAGUUAUACCAGAUUUGAGGUGGGAGAUGGUUUCAAGAUUAGAUUUUGUAAUAACAUGUGGUAUGGGGAUCAACCCUUAAAGAAGCUUUCUCAUAUUUGUAUAGUAUUGCUUGCAUUAAGGAUGCUUCUGUAAUAGAUUAAUUGGGUUUUCUAGUAAUUUCCGUUAGUGAAAUGUAAGCUUUAUCAAAGUUGCUCACAAUUGGGAAGUGGAUGUCUUUGCUUAAUUUUUUAAUUUGUUGUGCUUCUUUAGAUUGAGACAGAGAGGCGAAGACAAGCUUCGUUCGGCUCCCUCCAAGAGAGGGAUGUUCAACCUUAGUUCUUUUUGUAACAUCCUUGUACUACCUCAUGAUAGCACUCUCUUCCCUUGGAAGAGUAUUUGGUGGAAUAAGGUCUCCUUGAGAGCAAUGUUUUUUGCUUGGACAUCCGUCUUAGGGAAAAUCUCACCAUGGAUAAUCUAAGAAAACAAACAUGUCAUUAUGAUUGACUAGUGUUGUAUGUGUAAAAAGAGUGGGAAGUCUGUGGAUUAUCUUCUACUCUAUUGUGAGAUUGUUAGUGCUUUAUGGAGUGCUAUUUUCAGCUGUAUUUAGUUAACUUGGGUUAUACCUAGAAGAGUAGUAAACCUUCUCUCGCUUGUUAGAGAGGGUUAUGCAGUCUUGCCUUUUGUAUUGUCUUCGGAGGAAAAGAUUUGAUAGAAGUUGUGAAGACCUCGAGAGAAUGGUGGUAGAACUAAAGUAUUUCUUUUUCAAAACUCUCUACUAGUGGACAACUGCUUUUGAUUUUAAUUUGCUUAGUUGUCAUGACUUUCUUGACAUUUUUCUCUUUCUAACUAGGGUGUGUCUCUUGUAUUUUUCAUGUGAACUUGGGUUGUGUCUUUUACAUUUUUCGAUAAUAUUUCCAUUACUUCAUAACAAUUUUAAAAAAAUUCCAAUACCUGUGUCUUAUUUAAAGUCUCUAAAUUACUUUUUAAUCAUUAUUUUCCAUUAACUACUUUUCUGAAAAACAUAUUUUUUGUAUAUCAUUGUGCAACGUUUUCUUCCUGUUUAU